AUGCGGCAAACGCAGAUAUUCUCCGGCUCUUCGCAUCCUCGGCUGGUCGAGGGCAUAUGCGAUCGGCUAGGGCAGAAGCCAGGCAAAGCCGAGCUCAGGAAGUUCAGCAACGGAGAGACCAGCGUGCAAAUUCAGACAUCAAUACGAGACCAAGAUGUCUUCAUCGUCCAGAGCGGCAGCAGCAAAAUCAAUGACAAUGUCAUGGAGCUGCUCAUCAUGAUCUCUGCGUGCAAGGGCGGGUCCGCGCGGUCUAUCACGGCGGUCAUGCCAUACUUCCCUUACUCCCGACAAUCGAAGAAAAAGUCACACCGAGGCGCCAUUACUGCCCGGAUGAUCGCCAACCUCCUCCACGUAGCGGGCGUCAACCACGUAAUCACAAUUGACCUCCACGCGAGCCAGAUGCAAGGCUUCUUCAAGUGUCCCGUAGACAAUCUCGUCGCCGAGCCUCUCCUUGCCCGCUGGAUCCGAGUCAGCGUGCCGAACUGGCGGGAAGCGGUUGUGGUCAGCAAGAAUCCGGGCGGCACAAAGCGCGUGACAUCGCUGGCCGAUGCGCUGAAGCUCAGCUUCGGGAUCGUCACUACAAACACCAGGAGGCAUCAGAAUCGCCCCGGCGGAUAUGACGCCAUGAACGGCAGUCUCAUAUUCGACAAUCUGCGAGGCGAUGGCACGUACGACGCAGAUGGCAUAGUCGAGCGGGAACUUGAUGCGGAGCUUCAGAUCAGUCCUACGGAGCCCACCGAGGAGAAAUCUGCGGAAGUAAACAAACCUUUGCUGGAGGAUGGCAAACCUUCGCGCGCCGCAAGGAACAGAGCGUCCUCCAAUGCUCUCCGGCGACGGGUCGAGAACAGCGUCACAGACGGCCCUUCAAGCCCAUUGGUGAGGUCGAUUCGUCCGGGGUCUGGAACGGAUUCGUCUCCUCCAUCGCCAGUACGCCGCCUGCUACGAACCAGCACCGCACCAGAACGACCGCAAACAACCCGAUCCACUACCGACGAGUUCAACGACGCACGUGCCCGAGACGUCAUCCACGGCCGCCUAAUCCACGGGCACAUCGUUGACGACGACUUCCCCUCCCCUUCCAUUUCCGCACUGUCGAGCUCGACCGCCAAUCUCCGUGCCCGCCACGGCUCUUCCGAGGACGAUGACGAGCCCGAGCCACUACCCCACAUGACAGCAUCCUACCUUUCAGCUGCUUCUUCCUUCCGGCAUCCGGACCACGUGUCUCUCGGCGAGGGCGCGCUCGGCGGUUCCAUGGACGCGGCCGCCUCCUCCGAAGAGGAGGAAGAGGACCUCCGGAACCCCGAUCUCGAGACCACCGUCACGCUCGUCGGCAACGUCAAGGACCGCCCUGUCUUCAUCAUGGACGACAUGAUCGACAAGCCCGGAUCGUGGAUCGCGGCGGCCGAGACGGUGGUCAAGCGCGGCGGGGCGACGAAAGUCUACUGCAUGGCGACGCACGGGCUGUUCGGCAACGACUGCCUCGAGGAGAUGGAGGACUGCGAGUGCAUAGACGGGAUUGUUGUUACAAAUGCGUUUCCGAUCCCUCCGGAGAAGGCGGCUAUGACUAGGAAGUUGGUGGUCUUGGAUGUGAGUAAUUUGCUUGCGGAGGCGAUUAGGAGGAAUCAUCAUGGGGAGAGUAUUAGUCAGCUUUUUAUGCAUUACGAUUAA